AUGACAAAGACCUGGUCGAUGGCUAAACAGUUAUUUUAUUGGCCCUGCAUGAAGAAAGAUAUAGAAAGCUUUAUAGAAUCAUGUAAUGUUUGUUUAAAAUUCAGCUGUUCUAAGGUAAAAGAGCCGAUGCUAUGUCACGAUAUUCCUGAACUACCUUAUAUAAAAAUUGGUAUGGAUAUUGCACAGUUCCAAGGGAAAAAUUAUAUAGUAGUUAAUGAUUACUUUUCUAGAUGGCUAGAGGUGGAAGAAAUCAGAGGUAAAACUACUAGUGAUGUUGUUGAAAAACUUAAAAAAAUAUUUAGUAGGUUUGGAAUACCCAAGAAUAUUGUUGCUGACAAUAAUCCGUUUAACAGUAUAGAAUUUGUAAAGUUUUGUAAACAGUGGGAUAUACAAUUAACUACAUCCAGUCCGUACUUUCAUCAAAGUAAUGGCUUGGCAGAAAAAUCGGUGGAUAUAGUUAAAAGCAUGUUAAAAAAAAUUGGUGAAGAAGGUGGCGAUCUGAACACAUACUUACUAAAUUACAGAAACACACCUGUAACAGGUUUAAGUUACUCACCUGCUCAGCUGUUGCAAAGUAGAAGAUUAAGGUCUUUAGUAAAUAACUUUAAUGAAGAAUGUUUAAAACCAAUAACUGUUGAUGCUAGGGAGGAAAUAAUUAAAAAUAAAAAUAAACAGAUAAUGAACUAUAACAAAAAUGCAGGAAAGGAAGAAAAAGAGUUUUAUGUAGGUCAAAAAGUCUACAUUCAAAAUGUACUUAAUAAAAAGUGGUUCCCAGGUAUUAUUGUUAACAAAACGGAGUACCCUAGAUCUUAUAUAGUCAAAGAUGUAAAUGAUAAAAUACUGAGGCGCAAUUCAAAGUUCAUUAAAAAAGUUAAAGAUUAUGAUUUAGUUAGUGGUUUUGAUGAUGAGAGUAAUAGGGGUGAGAAAAAAGAUAACAUUCUAGUUGAAAAAGAAAAAAAUAAUAUUAAUGUGCAAGAAAAAAGAGACAGGUAUAUUACAAGGUAUGGUCGCAAAGUUAAAAAAGUUGAGAGAUAUGGUUACAAUCAGUUUUAA